AUGGCGGCUGAAGAAGGUCAUCAUUACCUCAACAAUAUAGCAAUUUGUGUCAACACUAGUGCCACUAGUGUUUUGCCUAGAUUUCACUCAAAGAUACUCCCGUGGGACAAACUUCGGGUGUUGUGUCUGGGGGUCUGGGUCAAGGUUUACAUUGUGUAUAUGGGGGAGCGACCUGUGGGACAAGAAUUAUCCCUCUCAACAUUACACCAUGGCAUGCUAGAGAGUGUGCUGGGAAGUAAGGAUGCAGCCAAAGAGGCUUUAUUUUACAGUUAUGGAAGAAGUUUUAAUGGUUUUGCAGCUAGGCUUUCCGAAGAAGAGGCCCAAAUCGUAUCAGAAAUGGAUGGUGUGGCCGCGGUCUUCCCUGAGACGACGGUUCAGCUUCAAACGACAAGGUCAUGGGAUUUUAUGGGCUUCCCUCAAUCUCAGAGCAACCAUUACCCUGAAAAUGGUGAAAGUGAUGUAAUUAUUGGGAUGAUCGAUACAGGAAUCUGGCCGGAAUCAAAGAGCUUCAGUGAUGAAGGUUUUGCCCCUCCGCCCCAAAGAUUCAAAGGGACCUGCCAGUCAAAGGACAACUUCACCUGCACCAAUAAAAUAAUUGGAGCACGAUAUUACAACGCGUACCAAUGGUAUGAGCCUCGGGACUACGAAUCUGCUAGAGACAGCUUGGGCCAUGGCACCCACACUACUUCAGUUGCGGCCGGCCGUAAUGUAGAGAAUGCUUCUUAUUAUGGCUUAGCUCAAGGCACCGCUCGUGGCGGUGCACCUGGUGCGAGGAUUGCUGUUUACAAAGUCUGCUGGUCAUGGUCAUGGCUGUGGGGGUGCCAAACAAGUGACAUUUUAGCAGCAUUUGAUGAUGCAAUUGCAGAUGGAGUUGAUAUUAUUUCAAUUUCUAUUAGCAACGCGUUCCCUACCGAAUACCUCAAAGAUGUGGUUGCCAUCGGAUCAUUUCAUGCUAUGAAGAAGGGAAUUUUGACCUCAACCUCGGGGGGUAAUGUUUCGCCUUUUUCAACAUUUGUGAGCAGCGUUGCUCCGUGGUCCUUAAGCGUAGCCGCCAGCACGAUCGACCGACGAUUCGCCACUCAAGUGGUUCUUGGAAAUGGCUUGGUGUUUAUUGGGCACUCCAUUAAUUCAUUUAACAUGAAUGGGACUACCUUUCCAUUGAUAUAUGGAGGUGAUGCAGUAAAUGUAUCAGCAGGAAGCUCAAAAAGAGCAGCCAGUUUAUGUUUUCGAAAUAGCUUCUUUGAAAACCCACCGAAUAGCUUGGAUGAAAACAAAGUGCAGGGGAAGAUUGUAUUAUGCGAUAUGUGGUGGGACACUUCUGCAAUUCUUAUGGCUGGAGGCGUAGGAACCAUUAUGCUCGAUUACAGUCCUGAUGAAUCCUACACUUACCCUAUUCCCGCAGCUGCAGUUCCCCCCUCUGAUGCCAAGCUAAUUCUGGACUACAUACAAUCCUCUGACAAUCCCACUGCGACCAUAUUAUAUAGUGACGCAUGGAAGGAUGUUGCAGCUCCAGUGGUCACAUCCUACUCUUUGAGAGGACCGAAUGCCAUUUCUCUCGAUAUUCUCAAGCCGGAUAUAGCUGCCCCUGGAAAUGUUAUAUUAGGUGCAUGGGCACCCCCAGUCCCAGCUACCGUUUACCGAGAGGACUAUAGACCUGUGGACUACAAUGUGCGAUCGGGGACCUCCAUGUCUUGCCCUCAUGUUACUGGUGCUGCUGCCUAUAUCAAAUCCUUUCACCCCACAUGGUCCGGUUCAGCCAUUAAAUCUGCUCUCAUGACUACAGCUUCAAUAAUGUGUCCCAAGAGAAAUGAAGAUGCUGAAUUUGCAUAUGGUUCCGGCCAUAUCGACCCAGUUCGGGCGAAAGAUCCUGGUUUGGUCUAUGAUGCCGGGGAGCAGGAUUACGUCGACUUCCUUUGCAACCAAGGAUACAAUUCGACAUUAGUAAGGCUUAUAAGUGGAGACAACACUACAACCUGCACUAACAAUGGCCAAGGGAAUGUACGGGACUUGAAUUAUCCAUCCAUGGCACUAAGCCUAGAAGAUGGAAAGCUAAUUAAUGCAUCCUUCACUAGGACAGUUACUAAUGUUGGGCAUCCAAAUUCAACCUAUAAUUCAUAUGUGACUGCUCCAUCCAUGCUUCAAAUCUCAGUUGAGCCAAGCACCCUUUCCUUUACAGAAGUGGGAGAGACGAAGUCUUUUGUUGUGAAGGUAAAAGGAGGAGUAAUUUCUCAGCACCCCAUAAUCUCAAGUUCCAUAUCUUGGAGAGAUAUGGAAGGUUUAUAUGAAGUGAGAAGCCCCCUAAUUGUUUUCAACUCCAUACCUUUCCUUAGAACUAAUCCUUUCUCCAAGCUUAAAUCAAAGGACACAAUGAUAAAGCAGACAACUUUUGGACAAGCAGGAGGAAAGCAUCGAUUUACAACUCCUUUAGGUUCUGAUCCAUUACACAGGCCAUUGGGUUUAUGAGUUUGAUCCAAGACUUCCUAAAUUCUAUAGUCUCAUUUCCACUGCCUUUGUCUUUUAUCUGCAAUUUUGUUUCUUUAAUAAUGCUAUCAUGGUUGUUACAAUUUGGGCCUAAUAGUCAAUGUUCGAAUCUUGGCAAGGGAAUGCUAUUUCUUCGUAAUUGAAGAUCAACAAUAAAAGUAUUUAUGUUU